UGUUUACUUCACUUGCACAACAUUAGGCAGAUAAUGUGUAUGUCUGUACCCUUGUGUGUGGGGUGGGUGGAGGAAGUGUUUACAGCAUAAGGCAUGUAACUGGCGCCACAGUUUAGGAUCAGGAAUCAUGCCAGAUGUCCUGCUAAAUGUUUUUAAAACACAAAAAUUUGUGUUGGUCAAUGUCUGUGCCAACUUUACCCUAGUCCAUCACCUCAUGGGUAAGACAACAUUUAAAAGAAAAUACCAUUAAGCAAGUUAGUAUUUAGUUUUCACUUUAAUUAAGAAAGGAUAAACAUCUACUUCACGAUAGAAUCCACUAAUGUAUUGAUAAAUGCAACCGUGUUCAUUUCUUCUACUGUAAUAUAUUUGGUAAAUGGUCAUUAACUGAUAAUUCUGUGCCCAAAGGAGAUUGUUUGUAAACAAAGUGGAUGAGAUUCCCUCCCUUGUGGGAGGUGGCAUGUCCAAAAGAGGAGGAGUCUCAGGAGAAAGAUGAAUGACUUGCCACUGGACAUUGGUUCAGGAACCUGUUCUAGUUCAACCUCCAAAAGUACAAGUGGGACGAAAUGCUUGUGACCGCAUGACUGGCAUGUAUCUGUGAUUACUAGCAAGUGUCCAUUCAGAGAUUUUGGAUAAUGUUUCCUCAUUUAGGAAAUUCUCUGGAAGAUGCUUGUGAUCAAAAGCUCCACAAAACAAAGAGACAGAAGGACAGAAUUAAUGGACAGAAGAGAAGCAGGGUGAGUACGGAGCGGUUGCGGGCCCAGUCCCGUGUUGCAGCUAAGAGCAGGAGGGAGAGAGAGAGCCGUUUGUUUGAGGAGCUGGCAGCAUGGCUACCUCUGCCCUCUGGUCUGACUGGCCACAUAGACAAGGCUUCUAUCGUCAGACUCACACUGGACUAUCUGCGUCUGAGAGCACUGCUAGACCAUCGAGACAAUGUCACACCAGAGACCAGGGUCUGCUCUGACACAGUCCACUUCACCAUGCACGGCCGAUACCCAAUGGCUGGGAUUUUCUCUGUGGAGACAGUGCUGGAUUCUGCUGUUGGGGGUUUCAUGUUCUUGGUGUCUCAGAACGGCCAGGUUAUCUUCACUACAGGGGACAUAAGGACACACACUGGCAUCAACCAGAUGGAUCUGAUUGGUAGGAGUCUGUUUGACUUCAUGCACCACUGUGACCAGAGGGAAGUCAGAGAUAUCCUCUCAAAAAUGAUAGAUAGUGAGAGACAACAGCAGUGUGACUUCCUCCUCCGUGUGAGGAGCACUCUGACCUCUCAGGGUCGAGCUGUCAACCACAGACACACACGAUGGAAGGUGAUUCACUGCGUUGGGGUUAAGAAACAAUCUCACCUUCCAGAGUCAGCCUGUCUUGUCCUAUUGUGCCGACCCUUACCCAUCUCACAAUGCAUCAUCAGGGAUGCCAGCUUGAAUCACAAGACCUUCCUGAGCGGACAUCGCCUGGACAUGAGGUUCACCUACUGCCAUUCAGGUGUCAAGGAGCUGACUGGAUAUACAGAAACAGAACUUCUGGGCCAGUCUGUGUAUCAGUAUUACCACACAUCUGACUGCCAGCACAUUCACAAAGCACACCAGAGCUUGCUCUCUAAGGGACAGGCUACCAUGGGCAGGUACCGUCUGCUGCUGAAAGGUGGUGGUUAUGUGUGGGCAGAGACGGAUGCAUCGGUGGUGUACAACAACCAGACUGGGCAGCCCCAGAGUGUUGUCUGCAUCAACUACAUCCUAAGUGAGGUGGAGCUACCAGGGAUGGUGUUCUCACUGCAGCAAAUAGAACCGCUACUGAGGCCCUGUUACUCUGAACUUGAGGUGGGGCCCACCCUGCAGAAUGAGGCCUAUCCUGCAGCAGAGACAGCUGGUCAUCUACGCAACACAAAAAUACCAACUCCAGAACACAAAAAUGAGAUCCAAACCUAUGAGGGAUAUGCAGAGCUCAACCUAGAGGAUCAAAUGAACAUGAACUCACUCUCUGAACUAUGUGAGCUGGACCUGGACUCGUUGGCUCCAUACAUACCCAUGGAUGGAGAAGACUUCCUCCUUACUCCAGUUUUAGAUGGGAUCUUGGCCAUGAUAGAAGGUCCUGUUAUUCCAUCUGGUUUGGAGGGCCAUUGUUCCUUGGGGAAGUUCCCUAUAUCUGCUGGUUCUUUCACCACACAUCAAAUGAAAACUUUGCAGAUAGAGCCCCCUUGCGACUCAGGGGGAUCACAUACAGUCAAAGAAUCAGAGUUCGGGGACUAUAUGAAGUCAGUCUAUAGAGGAGGCAGUGCUGUAUUCAAGGAGGGCCUUGUCCCGAACGAACAGUGGAGUGAGAAACACAUGUCCUGUAGACAUCCACAGGUACUCAUGACUGCUGCUGCUAGGCUGCCUUACCGGACCGUGGAAUAUUUCCCCAUUCACCCACAAGAUGGAUCCACUUGCUUGUGUGGAUCAAGGCAAGGGUUGUGGAAAUACACACAGCAGCCCAAAAUCCCAAGCACAGGCCUUCAGCCACCUGCCAAUCAUAUAGAUGAGAUGUCAACAUGCCAUGUUCCUUUCAGCCUGCCAGUACUGAGCAGGCUGGACUGUGAGGUCACUCUGGGGCCAACCAGCUGCCUGCUUCAGGGGUCAGAGAUCACCUCAGUCCUGGACCAGGCCCCCUCCAGAUUCUUACACAUGACAACAUGGGGCAUAAAUCAGCUCUCCACCCAAUAUGCCCAUCCUUGUUACGCACCCAGAUCAGCUAUUGAAGUCAGCUCUGGCACAUUGACAUCGUAUGCUGAAUGGAUAACAUGAACUUGAUUCUCCCACGAAUUGUGCCAAUCUCUCCUGAACCAAGCCUAUAUUGUGACUUUUACUGGCAAUUUAACUAACAAACGUGGAUGCAUAGCCUAGUUAUUAAAUACAGCACAUUAUUACAAUGAUCAAUAUUAAAACUGUUAUCUUUG